AUGUUUACCGCCACGGGGAAGACGGCGCCGCCGCAGGCAUUCAUGUCCAGCUAUGCGCCGCGCCUGCGAAACCACGGAAACUCCCUUAUCUCGCCAAUUGUGCCAGCCUCCAAUACUCUCCCACCGCCGCGCGUGACGAAGCGCGGAACCGCCGUGCAGAGUUACGCAGAAGAUGCGUACGAUGACGACGACUUCGAAGACAGCGACCGCCCGCGCCGCGCAACGGGUCUGCGGAGCGUCCAGCGUGGAAACGAGGCAGCAAGUGGAGAUCAAACAGCACAGAUUGCAGCACUGGGAGAAGAGCUCGUCGCGCCAGUAGAGCUUCAGGGCAUCUGGCGGGAUUGGAUGGGCAGACCGAAGCGGACCAUAACCGAGAAGCAAGUCCAGACGCAAGCAGUGCUGCCAGUCACAUUGAUCCCCAUCCGAAUAGACAUGGACAUUCAAUCCUUCCGACCCGAUGCGCCGCUACCCACACCCUCCAAUGCUCGGGAGUUCGGCAUCAACGAGCACUUGCCUGCGUACAAACAACCAGACAUUACACCCGCCUACAGACUCAAGGACUCGUUCCUCUGGAAUCUGCAUGAGGCUCUGACCACACCAGAUCAAUUCGCAAAGCAGUUUGUAGAUGAGCUGGAUCUGCCCAACGAUCGCAAACCAGCCAUCAUUAUGAAUAUUGCAAGUCAGAUUCGUCAACAGCUGGAGGAAUACGCUGGAGUCGCGUUACAUCCUCUUUUCCACUCCACGGCGGCGCCUGCUCUUCAGGGCACAACACAGACGAGCAAAACAGUACCAUCACAACAAAACGGCGCUUCAACACCUCUGCCACCGCAAACAAAUGGCACCUCGACGCCUGUUACGAAUGGCGUAUCGCGAACGAACGGCACGCAAACACCUGCGGCUAUACCGAACGGAAUUACUGCGACUGCGACUGCGCUACCAUCCGAAGAGCUCCACAAUCCCGAUGAUACAUACCGCUGCAUUGUAACCCUGAACAUCAACCUGCUGAAUCGACUCUAUACCGACAAGUUUGAGUGGUCGUUGCUCCAUCCACCCGGCUUCGCGGAGAUGUUUGCGAAGACGACAUGCGCCGACAUUGGAUUGACUGGCGAGUGGGUCGCAGCUAUGACACACGCCAUCUAUGAAGCAGUUCUGCGACUAAAGAAAGAAGCAUGCGGAGAAAUGGCGCGGCUGGUCGGUGAUGGCGAGAUCGACAACGAUGCUGUCGAGCCUGCUAUCGGUGCGGGCUGGAGAUACGAUCAGGAGCACUUAUGCGACGAGUGGGAGCCGAAGAUGGAGAUGCUGUCCAAGGAAGAGAUCGAGCGACGAGAAGGCGACCGCGAGAGGCAAAUCCGAAGGUUGAGGAGAGAAACCGCACGAUUCUCUUCAACAUCAAACAUGAACGGCCCGCAAAACGAAUUCUUCAACAACGUCGAGCAGCAAGAAAACAUGGGACGUGCCCUGUCGGUCGCGACACUCCCGGAGCUGGAUCAGGCUAUGGAGGGCAAGAAGGUGGACUCCAAGAAGGGUAAGAAUCUCUUCGAUACGUAUGAGGACUCACACUAA